AGUGUUGAUAAGCCAAAUGCACACAACCAUUACCAUGGUUUAUCCACAAGUAAAACCGGUAACGACUAUGAUGUAAAUACAGAUAGUACCGAAAAAUCGUGUGCACCGUGUUGUAGAAUUUUUGAUGUAAAAUUAGCACCUUCUGUAUAUGAUAUCUUUCGUGCAGCCCAGUUUUUCAUAACAACUGCACUAAUUUCUAUACCUAACCUUUCGGAAUUCUAUCGAGGUUUAGCUUCAAAACUCAGUUGGUUAGGUGCUUUACCAAAUAGUUUUAAUUUAGCCUAUCUAGCCAGCGUUGCUGAUAAUGGCAUAAGGAUCGCAAUAUGCAAGAUGUCUAUGACCUGUGAAUCAACUACUGGGAUUUGUAAUUCUGGAUUUGAUAAAUACGCAAAAACGUUAUCAGUUUCAUCUUAUAAUUUAUUUUUCUUAGCGUUCAUAACUUUUCUUUCUGCAUUAGCACUUGCAAUUGGCAUAACAUUAUUCAUUUGGGUAAUUGCUUGA